AUGUCGCGCUCCUUCUAUGUCGACUCGCUCAUCAUCAAGGACUCCUCCCGGCCCACGCCCGCGCUGCCUGAGCCGCACCCGGGGCCGGAUUUCUUCAUCCCGCUGGGCAUGCCAUCCCCCUUGGUGAUGUCGAUGUCUGGGCCCGGCUGCCCGUCCCGCAAAAGCGGCGCUUUCUGCGUAUGCCCGCUCUGCGUCACUUCGCACCUGCACUCCUCUCGCGCGCCCGCCGGUGCCGGGGGCGGAAGCGCAGGUGCCGGGGGCGCAGGGGUCGCUGGCGGCGGGGCGACGGGGGGUACCGGGACCUUGCCUCUGCUCAAGAGCCAGUUCUCUUCCGGCCCUAGCGACGCACAAUUUUGCCCGCGGGUGAGCCACGCGCACCAUCACCAUCAUCAGCCCCAGCAGCCCGGAUCGGCGGCGGCGGCGGCAGCGGCUGCGGCUGCCUUGGGGCACCCCCAGCACCACGCACCUGUCUGUGCCGCCACCACCUACAACGUGGCGGAUCCGCGGAGAUUCCAUUGCCUCACCAUGGGAGGUUCCGAUGCCGCCCAGGUAUCCAAUGGCAAGAGAAUGAGAACAGCGUUCACUAGCACACAGCUCCUGGAGCUGGAGCGGGAAUUCUCUUCCAACAUGUACCUGUCUCGCCUUCGGAGGAUCGAAAUCGCUACCUACCUGAACCUGUCGGAGAAGCAGGUGAAAAUCUGGUUUCAGAACCGCCGCGUGAAGCACAAGAAGGAGGGGAAGGGCACGCAGAGAACCGGCCACGCGGGUUGCAAAUGCAUCGGCAGCCAAGCGCACUACGCACGCUCGGAGGACGAGGACUCCUUGUCGCCAGCAUCCGCGAACGAUGACAAGGAGAUUUCCCCCUUAUGACGGGCCCGCACCCACUCGUCUGCUUCGGUAGUCCCCACUCCCACUCCAUCACGCAGCGUGGGGCAUCUAGGGGCCAAAAGUCCCUUGGCCUCCAUCUCGUACCUACAGAAGGAACUGGGCGAGCUUCCCGGGAA